AUGGCUUCCUCCCAGCCAUCCCCAUCGUCUUCCUCGGCAUCCCUGUCAUCGGCAACUUCCCCCACCGCCCGCGACAGGCGCAACCGCCCAGCCUUUCUCCGCCGCAUCAUCGUCAUCCGCCUCAUCAACGCCUGGUGCAUUUCCACCUUUUUCCAGCCCGAUGAGUACUUCCAGGCCCUCGAACCCGCCUGGCGCCUCGCCUUUGGGCCGCAAAGCCGCGCAUGGCUCACCUGGGAGUGGCAUCGCCAGCUGAGGUCCUCGCUUCACCCGGCUCUCUUCUCCCUCGCCUACCUGCUCGCAGACAAUCUCUCCUCCUGGCUGCCCGCCGGCCACGCCCUGCGCACCGCCGUCAUCAUGGCCGCGCCCAAGGCACUGCAGGCCCUCAUCGCUGCCCUGGGCGACUGGUACACCUGGCGGCUCGCCGUCGACAUCUACGGCGCAGAUACCAACUAUUCCUUCUUUGUGCUGUUCCUCCAACUCCUCAGCCCCUGGCAGUGGUAUGUCUCGACGCGCACCUUUUCAAACUCCCUCGAGACAACCCUCACCGCCAUGGCCCUAUACUACUGGCCCUGGAACCUCCUCGCCCCCGCCGCGCCCGCCCCGGCAAAGGAUAAGCCCAAGCCGCCCAAGCCGCUCACCCACCCGUGGCGCCUGCGCGCCUCCCUCUGUCUGGCCGCCCUCGCCGUUGUUCUCCGGCCCACCAACGUCCUCAUCUGGGCCACCGUCGUCGGCCUCACCCUGACGAGGCUGUCUCUUCGCGGCCUCUCCCCCCUGACCCGGCCUUGCAUCGUUGCCCUCUUCAGGGACGCGGCGCUUUGCGGCGGCCUCGUCGCCGCCCUCUCACUCGUGUCGGAUCGUCUGUACUUUGGCUUCUGGACCUUUCCCCCGCUCAACUGGCUCAAUUUCAAUAUUUCAAAGUCCCUCGCCGUCUUCUACGGCCGCAACCCCUGGCACUACUACCUCCUCCAGGGCAUCCCCCUCCUCUGCACCACCAGCCUCCCCUUUGCCCUCUGGGGCCUCGUUAAGCCCGUGGCUUCGUCCGCCGCCAAGGAAAACACGCUCAAGACUCUGUCCUACACCGUCCUCACCACCGUCGGGGCCCUCUCCCUCAUCUCCCACAAGGAAGUCCGCUUCAUCUACCCCCUCCUCCCGGCCCUCAACAUCCUCGCCGCGCCUCGGGUCGCCUCCUUCUUCACGUCUGCCCCCUCGCCGUCCUCAAAGUCCGCCAGGCCUCGCCCCCGGCUUCGCAACAAGUCCUAUCUCCUCGCCGCCCUCGCCGUCAACCUCUGCCUCGCCGGCUACCUCUCCUUCUUCCACCAGGCCGCACCUUUGACCGUCCUGUCCCAUCUCCGCCACGAGCUCUUCGCCCUCUUCCUCACCCCCUGCCACUCCACCCCCUGGCGCUCCCACCUCGUCCACCAGGGCCUCGACGCCUACGCCCUGUCCUGCGAGCCGCCCCUGCAUACCGAACCCGGCUCCCCCGAGCGCGCCGCCUACCGCGACGAGGCCGACCGCUUCUACGACGACCCCCUGCGCUUCCUCCGCACCGAGCUCUUCCGCCCCGGCGGCCUGCGCGCCCCCCGCUACAUUGUCGGCUUUGAGGGCAUCGAGCCCUGGCUGCGCCGCUUCCUCGCCACCGACGAGGCCGCCGCCCUCGGCCUCGGCCGCCUCGACAAGGUCUGGGCAGGCUUCAAUGGCCUCUUCAGCGACGACUGGCGCCGCGCCGGCAGGUUGCUUGUCUGGGACACGGGCGUCUACGACGACGCGCCGCCGCCCAACAAGGUUGGAGCCUAG